CAAGGCGGGUCACCGGGCAGCGUCGGGGCCCACUUCUGCCUCGGGGUCUCUUCACAGAGGGCUCCCUGCGGCGACAGUUUUCGCCGGCCGCGGGCACGGCGGUCGGUACCUGUUAAGGACGAGAUGCCUUCCGACCACCGGAUAACUCGGGACGGUCCCUGAUUUGCCUGCUCCCUGUCCUACAGCAUCUUUGGCUCACUCGGAAGUGAAAACAUGCAGCUAAAUUAUUCCCGCUGACGCCUGAACAUUUUUCCUAAAAGGGAUCUGCAGUCACAAGGCGCCGCCUUCCGGAAUUUAGAAUUUUGGGUGUCACCAGGUAAACAGAGCCCUCAGCAUCUGAAUAGAAACUGAACAGGAACAGAAGAGAUUACACUACAUCUGAGAUGGAGACCUUUCCUCUGCUGCUGCUCAGCCUGGGGCUGGUUCUUGCAGAAGCAUCAGAAAGCACAAUGAAGAUAAUUAAAGAAGAAUUUACAGAGGAAGAGAUGCAAUAUGACAUGGCAAAAAGUGGCCAAGAGAAACAGACCAUUGAGAUAUUAAUGAACCCAGUCCCGUUAGUUAAAAAUACCAGCUUCAGCAUGUCCAAGGAUGAUAUGUCUUCCUCAUUACUGACAUUCAGAAGGUUACAUUAUAAUGACCCCAAGGGAAACAGUUCAGGUAAUGACAAAGAGUGUUGCACAGUCUGGAGAAAAGUUUCAGAAACAAACGGAUCGUGCAAGUGGAGGAAUAACUUCAUCCGUGGCUCCACGGAAGUGAUGCGCAGGGUCCAUAAGGCCCUCAGCUGCAAGCUUGUACAGAAUCCUGGCAUAAGCUGCUGUGAGAGCCCAAAACUGGAAAAUACAGUGUGCCAGCUCACUACAGGCAAACAAUUCCCCAGGUGCCAAUACCAUAGUGUUACCUCAUUAGAGAAGAUAUUGACAGUGCUGACAGGUCAUUCUCUGAUGAGCUGGUUAGUUUGUGGCUCUAAGUUGUAAAUCCCACAGAGCUUUAGGACUAGGGUCUUACUAAAGAAGGACCUCUUCAUGUUCAUUCUUGUUUAAACCUUUCCUUAAUAUCUACUCUUUAGCACUAUAGUAAACUCUUGAUUAUUUAUUCUAACUGGAGGAGUGAAAAAUCCAAAAUUGUGGAUAAUUCAAUUAAAAUUUAUAACUGAUACUGGCA